AUGCUACGCAAGCGACAGACGCCAAGGGAAUACCCCCGAGGCGUCACAGGCUCCCAGCUGAGAGUGCUCCUCUUAUCAAGGCGGCAACAACAACGUGGUGUGAGAGAAAUUAGGAGCAUACCAUCAAUUCGGGAGGGCUAUGACGAUCCGGUUCAUCCUGUUGGUGAACAAGCAGGCCAGACGCGUGUGGCGCAGUACUACGAGUACAUGCGCCUCGAGGAGCGCCGCGCCUUGGAAGGGGAGAUCGUGCGCAAGUGCCUUGCACGAUCUGAGCAACAGUGCUCGUUUGUGGAGCACCGCAACUACAAGGUGAUUUACCGGCGCUAUGCGUCGCUCUUCUUCCUCGUGGGCGUGGAUGGCGAAGAGAACGAGCUGGCAAUACUGGAGUUCAUCCACUGCAUCGUGGAGACCAUGGACCGAUACUUUGGCAACGUGUGCGAGCUGGACAUCAUGUUUCACCUGGAGAAGGCCUACUUCAUGCUGGAUGAGAUGGUCAUGAACGGCUGUGUCAUGGACACCAACAAGCUCAACGUGCUCGCCCCCAUCCACCUCAUGGACAAGUCCUCGUAG